UCUGUCAACAAAGCACUACUAUGCUAUUUCUCACACUACUACGCUGCAGCGUUGAAUGGCCGAUUUGCCGAAGCUAGUCAGGAGAUCUUCCGUGUCGACCUCUCCGGCAAGCAACUUCACGUGUUCAUCAACUGGAUAUCCACCGGCAAACUCGAGCUUCAACCAUGGGAACGAGAAGAUCGUGUGAAGCUUUACAUCUUUGCUGAUUUGGUUGACAUCUUAGCUCUCCGUCGCCAAAUCAUGACCGAGAAAGGGAGAAUGGAAAGAUACCGUGAAGUGGGCGUGGUCAUGUCUCAUCUCCCAAGCAAUUCUCCAUAUCGCAGGCGUACGGUUGACUAUUAUGCGAACCACUGGAAGCCCGAGGACGAUAUAUACGACCCUAUCAGUUCUCUAGAGAUCACAAUUCACCGUACGUUUCUCUGUGAGGUCGUACAAAGCGAAGCUCGAGCGAAGGUCAACAGACAUCCUGGGUGUCCUUGCUGUGCCAACGUGUGUAACUUUCACGAACAUGAAAGUGAGGAAGAAUGGCAUGCGACUUGCGGGCAGCUGCGAAACACGAAGAAGCCAGAG